AUACCCACUGACCUCCUUCCAGACCCAUGCGAGCCUGGCAGGUCCCAACCAGAGGGCUCGCCAUCACCCCCACAGAGGAGCGCAGCUCUACCACAGGGAGCUUCCUGGUCACCCCAUCCGUCAGUCGUCAGGCAUUUGUCAGCAGCAGAUAGGCUUCACUAUCGUUUUAGUUUUGAAAGUCCUUGUGGUAUUUAUAUUCUUUGGCGUCGUCAUCAUCUUGGGGACAUAAUCAUGUUUGGAACUAUGUACCAGCAUGGAAAGAAGCACCCUGGGCUCAUUCCCCAGUUCUGCUUCCUCAUCCUGGGCAUGAGUGGAGCCGGCCUCUAUCUUCUCCGCCUGGCCAAGGGACCGCACGUCACCUGGAACAAGACUAACAACCCCGAGCCCUGGAACAAGCUCAGCCCGACCUAUCAGUACAAGUUGGUGGCUGUCAACACUGACUACAAGAGUCUGAAGAAGGAAGGGCCUGACUUUUAAAGGUCCUCGCCCGGGCUCCCGCGGCACGGACUCUGGCAGUGUCCCCUGUCACCAUGACGACAGCAAGCAGCAGCCUCACGCCGCUCCCUGAUGAUGCUGUCACCCAACGCUUUGAGGGCCACCACCACCAAAAAAAAACAAAAAAAAUAAAAUAAAAAAACAACAAAAAUAAAAAAUAAUAAAAAAUAAAUAAAAAAUAAACCAUUUAUAGGCUACCAUAUGAACACAAAGCCAUUAAAGAUUACUGCUGAAAAGUGUUUUGUGUGUGUUCAUAGGAAAACCACUCCACUUACCAAUAAAUGUACUACUGCUGGGGAGAAAUAUCCACUACUGGUGUAUGAGCAUGGUUCAGCAGCAACAUGCUCCACAGCAAUGAAAAGGAAAAGAAGAGGGGGGAGGUGGGAUACCUCCGACUAUUCAUGAACACAUACUGGCCAGCAAUUAAAAUGAACCCUGUGAAAAAAACUUCCACAAUAGAAUACUUAGCCAGGUUGAA